AUGGACGGAUCCGGCGGUGCCCCAAAGCCGAGCAGCAGCGUCAAGCUGGUUUUGCUCGGUGAAGCUGCCGUUGGAAAGUCGUCGCUAGUUUUGCGCUUCGUUAACAACGACUUCCAAGAGAACAAGGAACCUACCAUCGGAGCCGCCUUUUUGACACAAAAGUGCAACCUGCCUACCCGGACGAUCAAGUUCGAAAUCUGGGAUACCGCCGGUCAAGAAAGAUUUGCCUCGCUGGCGCCCAUGUACUACCGCAACGCCCAAGCCGCGCUCGUCGUCUACGAUCUUACGAAGCCCACGUCACUCAUCAAGGCCAAGCACUGGGUCGCCGAGCUCCAGAGACAAGCGUCGCCGGGCAUCGUUAUCGCCCUCGUCGGUAACAAGCUCGAUCUCACGAACGACGCAGGAGAUGCCGGAUCUGCCGGCGACGGCGAGGACGCCGAUGGGCAGGACGCUGGCGGUGAUGCCCGCAAGGUCUCUACGGAGGAAGCCAAGACUUACGCCGAGGAGGAGAGCCUGCUCUUCUUCGAGACCAGUGCCAAGACGGGUCACAACGUCACGGAGGUCUUUACCGCGAUCGCCAACGCCAUCCCCGAGACUUCGCUGAAGAGCGCGAGAGGCGCGGGUGCGUCGCACGCCGUGAGCCGCGGCGCAUCGGAGCAGCCGGUCAACCUCACUGGCCCAAGAGAUGCCGGAGCGAAGGACGGAUGCGCUUGCUGA